CAGUGUAAGGUUGAUUGGCCUGCGUCCAUCUGUUCACCAGGUCAUGUGGUUUCGUCCCGUAUUUUUUUUUUUUUAAUAUAUAUUAACAAAACUUGACCGUGUCUUUGUUUGUUUUUUACUCAUUUAAUUGCGACACUGUAACCUUACUGACAAAAUGACGGACUGGAAGACGCAGAUAAGUUACAACUACAACCCUUCUUACCAUGCGUAUGCGUACGGCCUGGUGUACCAGCCCGGGUCCGAGCAGAACCACGGGAACCACCUGAGCUGCUGGAGCGAGGCCGGUGUCACGGACCUGAGCAACUACAACCCCGGGGUCACGCAGGCCUACUACGCCAAUACCGCCAGAGUCCGGGAGGAGUCUCCACCCGGCAGCCCGGAGCAGCACGCCGUGAGCGGCCAUCACCCCCACCACCACUACCCGGGUUCAGGUGUCGUUUACCUGGGUGACACACAAACAGGUCGCCUGCUCCUGUCCAGACCUCACCGAGCUGCUGCCUACGACUCCCGGGAGAAUGAGGUCGAGAGAGUCCGCAGUGACUCAACCAGUGACUCUGAGGCGCACACAUCACCAGAUUCAUGGAGUUCCAGCAGUAGCAACGGCAGAGAGGAUGGUCUGCCUCGGACAGAUCCUGCUACCUGGGCAAAGAAAGAGCGGGACAGUGAUGUGAUCAACAGCCGGAGUCCCAUAGCCACCAAGGACGCCUCCAGCCCUCUCCUAGAGGAGCCACAGAACUUUGCCAUAUUAGGCAGUCGGGUCGCAAACAAUGUCACCUCUGUGCAGCAGUCACCUGUAACUGCCCCCAAUAAGCCAAGCACUACUGCUGUGAGUAAUCCCAAAAUAAAGGUGCGUGCAGCCUUUUCCGAGAGUCAGAUGAACACUCUCAUCCAGCGCUUCAGUGUUCAAAGGUACCUCACCCCGGCUGAGAUGAAGAACGUGGGGGAACUGACGGGACUGACCUACAAACAGGUGAAGACAUGGUUUCAAAACAGGAGGAUGAAGCUGAGGAGGCACCAGAAAGACACCAGCUGGGUGUCCGAGCGCUACACCGCUAAAGACGGCUCCGCCCCUGGAGCUGUAUACGCCAACCUCCCCCCACAUAUCCCACCUUAUCGAGGAGAGGCCCCGGCCCAGUUCAAAGAGCACUACAACCAGCACAUGAUGGAGGCGGCCUAUAAGAAGACCGCCCCACAGAACCUGGCCUUCUAUCUGGCCAUGAACAACGCCGCCAGCUCUGCUGGCUACGCCUCCUGGCCCACCGCCUCAUCCCAGACCGCAGUGCACGGCAGGCCGCAGGCAGCCGGCUGGCCCAUGCCCCCGAGCGCCAGCCAUUACGAAUACAACCCCAAUGCAUUCAACGCGUCCACUGUAAAUAACAGCGGACUUGAUACCAGCUUAACCAAAGACGAGGAGCCUGUUAACAGUUGAACGCCGCCACAGCACACAUCGCCUGCCUCUGACUCAAUGUUUGAGUUGUGCACAUGAGCUUUUCUCUACACGUUACCUGCCGAGUCCCGGUCCCCCUCUGAAUUACUUACCAGUAUUUUAUCAAUUGACUGAGGUGGGUUUUAACCAGCUGUGUGUACAUACACCCUGUUCAUAUUCCAUUUCAAAUGUAUUCUACAUUUUUAUCUUGAAGUUCUAUUUUUAUAUGCAACUAUUUAAUGUGUUGGUGUAUUCUGUGGACAAGGUGAUCCAGACUUUGUAUUAUACUCCUUGUGUUUUUUGGAGCUGUUUUAGGGGAGAAGUCUUGACACAUUUUUGGGGUUUUUUUCCUUGAUAAAUACAAGUUCAAUUUGA